AUGCCAAUCGAUCCAGCCACUUUCAAGUUCGAGACUCCACAAUUUGACCCAAGAUUCCCUACCCAAAACCAAUCGAAACACUGUGCACAAUCCUACAUUGAUUACCAUAAAUGUGUCAAUGUCAAAGGUGAAGAUUUUGAGCCAUGCCAAUUGUUUUUCAAGACUUUUACUAGUUUAUGUCCUUUAGACUGGGUUGAGAAAUGGGAUGAUCAAAGGGCUGCUGGUAAGUUUCCUGUUAAUAUGGAUGUUUAA